AUGGCGCAAUCACUCGAGAAACCCCACGAGUACGAGCCGGAAUGGGUGCACGGGUUGACGCUGGUGAUGGUGAUCGCGGGGAUCACGCUGGUCGUGUUUCUGAUGUUGUUGGACGUGUCGAUUGUGUCGACGGCAAUUCCCAAGAUCACGAGUCAGUUCAAUUCCCUCGAGGAUGUGGCCUGGUACGGUAGCGCGUAUACGAUCUCCAGCGCCGCCCUGCAACCCCUCACCGGCAAAUUCUACACCUACUUCUCCUCGAAGUGGACCUUCCUCUCCUUCUUCGGGCUGUUCGAGCUGGGCUCCCUGAUCUGCGGGGUGGCCACCUCGUCCAAGAUGCUGAUCAUCGGGCGCGCGGUGGCCGGGAUGGGGUCGUCGGGGAUGCUGAACGGGGCGCUGAACAUCCUGGCCGGGGCGGUGCCGAACAAGAAGCGGCCGGCGAUGAUCGGGGUGAUCAUGGGGGUGGGACAGCUCGGCCUCGUCGGCGGGCCGUUAGUCGGUGGUGCGUUUACCACCUACUCGACCUGGCGGUGGUGCUUCUACAUGAACCUGCCCAUCGGCGCGUUGGUGGGCGCCCUCCUCCUCUUCACCCGGAUCCCAGACCAGAAACCCAAACCCCCGGCGCGGGACGUGCUGCAGUCGCUCUUCCUGCAGAAAUUCGACCUGGUGGGGUUCGUGCUCUUCGCGCCGGCGUCGAUCAUGCUGCUGCUGGCCCUGCAGUACGGCGGCAACAGCUACGCGUGGGACAGCGCGACGGUGAUCGGGCUGUUCGUCGGGUCGGGGGUCACGUUCGCGGUGUUUGCGCUGUGGGAGCGGCGCAUGGGCGCGGAGGCGAUGAUCCCCGGCCACCUGGUGUGCGACCAGAUCGUGCUGUGUAGCAGCCUGCUGUCGAUGGUGAUCUUCGGGUUCACGAUGACACUGUCGUACUACCUGCCCAUCUACUUCCAGUCGGUGCGGGGCAAGUCCGCGCUGGUGAGCGGGGUGAACCUGCUGCCGAAUAUCCUGUGUCAGUUGGUGAUGGCGGUUGUGUCGGGGGUUUUGACCUCGAAACUGGGCUACUACCUCCCCUGGGGCGUGCUGGGCGCCAUCCUCGACUCCGUGGGCAACGGCCUCCUCUCGACCCUGGGCCCGCACACCUCCGUCCCCAAGUGGGCGGGAUACCAGGCGCUGGUGGGAUUCGGGCGCGGCGCGAUCUCGCAAGUUCCAAUGAUCGCCAUCCAGAACGCGGUGCAAGGCGACGACGUCUCCACGGCGAUGGCGAUGAUGACCUGCGCGCAGACGUUCGGCGGCGCGAUCUUCCUGGCGGUGGCGGAGGUGAUCUUCGCGCAGGCGCUGCGCACGGAGAUCCCGCGGUAUGCGGCGGGCGUCGACGCGGCGGGGGUCAUCCAGGCGGGCGCCACGGGGUUCCGGUCGGUCGUGUCGUCGGAGGACUUGCCGGCGGUGGUGCGCGCGUUCGCGAAGAGCGUGGAUCAGGUGUUUUAUUUGACGACGGCGCUGUCGGUGGCGCAGUUUGUGUUCGCGUGGGGGGUCGGGUGGAGGAGUGUGAAGAAGGAGAAGAAGGAGGAAGGGAUUGAGAUGGAGGCAUGA